CUUUUUGACCAGGCUUACUCCGAUACAUACUCGCUUAUUGUGUUCUUCUCUGCCCUGCUGCCUACUCUGAGUCACGACUCACGACGCGGCCUGCUAAAACCCUUUGGCUGCGGCCAUCCUCUGUCGCAUCUCACUAUUCGCAUCCCCGCCAUCUCCCUGCCUAGCGUACCAUCUCCGCUGUGCCACUGAACCGAAGAGCAGUCGAAGAUGGGAGGAUCGAGGAGAAAACUGAAGAGGUCUCGGCAGAAGGUGCGCGUCGGACUUCCGAAGAAGAAUCCCAACUUGUUCAAGCCCGCUUUCAGCCUCCCUCCAAAGCUCCGCUCUCUUGCCGCCGCCGCCGGCGACGACUACGACUUCAAGUGGGACGACAAGGCCAGCGUCAUCAAGAACUACAAGUCCUUCGGCGUUGUUUCCAACCCUAACCUGCUUAGCGUCCGGUCCCGCACUGCUCAUAUCCUCGAGGCGCAAUCGCUCCAAGCACCUCCCGCUCAACGCGACGCUCCUCUUGGCGAGUUCGAGCCCUUGGACUCUGGCAGCGACCUUGAAGAAGAUGAUCUGAAAUCGGCUCUUGGGAAGCAAAGGAGAGAUGGGAAAGGCGCCCCUUUGCAGCCUUUGACCAGCAUGCAAAGAUAUCAUAUUGGUCGGCUAGUUGAGAAAUAUGGAGACGAUUACCAGAAGAUGUUUAUGGACUCGAAACUGAACGCGAUGCAGCAUUCGGUUGCAACUCUUGAGAAACUGUGCAAGAGAUAUCACAUGUACAAGGACAGAAAUCCCUUGAUCGUAUCUUAGGUGUCAGGAAAAUUGAUUAGCGAUAUAUGUAUGAAACUGGUUGAUUUAGUAUACUCUGUUAUUAAAUCCACAUGUAUCUCCUUUUGUUUUGUUUGUUGAGUUUUGAUUAAUGCAAAACACAAUGUUGGAAUCUCCUUAUAUUCACCAACAAGUGAUCAACUUUCACGCCAAAGAAAAGUAGUAUACCUUUGGUUUAGCACGAUUCUAAGCUCUUCCAAGUGCACAGCAGCUUGGAAAAUUCCAGUAUUGUGACUGAACUUGCAAUUUGCAGGGUGGACCAUAAUAAGUUAUUGGCAUGAGCAAGAGCUCAAUUCAGGCUGUGAAUGCAAUAUUUACAUCAAUAGUACCCGAGAUAUUUUAUGCUUCGGUGAUGCAAACACGCCCCCAGGAAGAGGAAGAAUAUGAUAACAAGGAAUAUAUCAGACAGAAUCCACAGAAGAAGCUAUUUGAUGGCGGCAAGUGGCGAGAGAGUGACGGCUCGAUCGUUUACGAAUCGAAGGAUCUGGUUCUGCCUGCAACUACCGUCUUCUCGCCUCUCUCUCCUUUGGUACGUGUAGCGUACGCAAUAAAAAGUCCAAAAUUGAUCAGAGUCUUCUUAUCUAUUGGCUUCCUCUCCUUUGCUAUAUAUAUAAAGAAGAAAAUUUCAACACUAAACGAAUAGGAGCAGCGCAGGCAACCGCAACAGAAGACAGCUAGUUGAAGGGCGAUGGCGGAGAAGCAAGUGAUGGUGGUUGGGAUCGACGACAGCGAGCACAGCGUCUACGCUCUGCAGUGGACUCUGGAUCAUUUCUUCACUCCCCUCCCCGCCGACGCCUCCCUUUUCAACCUCGUCCUCGUCCACGCCAAGCCUACCCCCACCUCCGUCGUGGGUCUCGCCGGCCCUGGCGCCGCCGAAGUGCUGCCGUACGUGGAUUCCGAUUUGAAGAAGAUCGCCGCCCGAGUUGUGGACAAGGCCAAGCAAAUCUGCAACGACCACAAAUCGGUACCUUCACCCUCUCUCUCUCUCUCUCUCUCUCUCGUCUGGCCUUGAAUUGAAGCGUAGUUCCUUCUUUGCAGGUGAAAGAAGCAGUAUUCGAAGUAGUGGAAGGCGAUGCGAGAAACGUUCUUUGUGAAGCUGUGGAGAAACAUGGCGCUUCAGUACUGGUUGUGGGCAGUCAUGGUUAUGGAGCUAUCAAAAGGGCGGUUUUAGGCAGCGUGAGCGACUACUGUGCUCAUCAUGCUCACUGCACUGUGAUGAUCAUCAAGAAGCCUAAGCACAAGCAUUGACCCAUCCACUCCACCACCAGCUGCUGCGUUUUAUCAUCGAUCGCCACACAACGCCAUGCCAUGCCAUGCCAUGCCUGCCUCAUACGCCAUAAUAUAUCCUCAUUUGUGUCUCUGUAUUAAAAAUAAGGAUUGGAGAGGAGAGUUGGUUUAUCUGAUCUCUCUCUAUCUAUUUAUCUCACAGUCUCGUCUCUAAAUGUAUGUUCAUCCGGUCUCCCAUUGCAGCAAGGCUGUUGUACUGCUUCUCUUUAACACCUAUGAAUGAAUGCCUAUUUGUGCCCUGUUAUAUAGUAAGCGUCGCCUGUGCUUCAAAUUAAC